AAGCAAUUUGUCCUAACCAGAUCAGAAAUCGAACAAAUGGAGUUCCCAUUCGGUCACAAUCACUCUCACACUCAUCACCACAGAAAUGAUGAUGAAGAAAACCAAGAAAGACCCCCACCACCACAUCUUCACCACCAUGAAUUUACUCCGCCGUACCCUCCACCACCAAGCUACCAGCAGCCACCUGGAUUUGAUGGACCCUAUCCUCCGCCACCUCCAUCAUCAUACUUGCACCAACCUGGCUUUGAUGGUCCACCCCCACCAUCUUACUUUCAGCAACCUGGAUUUCCACCACCCCCACCACACCAACCACCGUCAUAUCAGUACCAACAGCCACCCCAUGUGACUCAUGUCCACCACCAGCCUGAACACAGUCCAUCGAACUACUCUCCACCACCAGCAUCUGUUUCACAUGUUGCCCAUGAAAGUAGCCAAGGAAGGGUUGAUGACCAUCCUUCUUUUAGACCCCAUUUGCCACCUGAAUUAUACAAGAAACCUACUGUGAAAGUCUAUUGCAAAGCUGAUCCAAAUUUUCAUCUCACCAUCAGAGACGGUAAAGUUAUUCUUGCUCCAUCUGAUCCCUCUGAUGAAUUCCAGCACUGGUACAAAGAUGAGAAGUUCAGCACAAGUGUGAAAGAUGAAGUGGGUUUCCCAAGCUUUUCUCUGGUUAAUAAAGCCACUGGUCAAGCCAUUAAACAUUCCAUUGGAGCUUCUCAUCCUGUCCAACUGGUACCUUACAAACCAGAUCAUAUUGAUGAGUCAGUGCUAUGGAGCGAGAGCAAGGAAGUUCGUGAUGGGUACAGAGCUAUAAGAAUGAUUAAUAACAUUCGCCUGAAUGUUGAUGCUUUCCACGGCGAUAAGAAAUCCGGUGGCAUCCAAAAUGGUACUACUAUUGUGCUGUGGCAAUGGAACAAGGGAGAUAACCAGAUAUGGAAGAUUGUACCAUAUUGAGGCUUGUAAUAUGGUGCUGCUAGUUCUACAUUGAAGCUCUAUCAUGCCUGCGGUUGAAGGUUCCCUACGCAUUAUCUUUGUGAGGUUUUUUUCGUGUGUUUUUCAUUCCAAGUGCAUGAAAAUCUUGAUGGGUCGAGAGGCCUACUAAAUAUUUAUACCAGUAAUAAAGAAGAGCUAUUGCAGAGUUUCUAUGGCUGCAAAAUUUGGAUAA